AUGGAGUCAUCUGAUAGGAGAUCCGGAUCUUCCAUGUCGCUGAAGAAGCUGGGGAUGAUUGUGGUGAUAUUCUUUUUUAUCAUGGGAGCAGGACUUACAUUCAUCUACAAAUACCUUGGUAGAAAGGAUCCUGGAGCUGGCGAGCCAAAGGCAGAAGGCAUGUUUAAGAUUUCGAUGAGAAGAGGUGGAAACAGCUCAAGCUCUAGUGGAGGAAGAAUGAGUAUUCUUUCCAUGGAUGCAAAACAUGUACAAAGAAUGUUCGAUGUAAUUCUUGAGGAUAUUAACAAUGCAAGAGAAGCAUACUCGGAUAUUUUACAGCUCCUGAAAGAGUACGAAAACAACAGCCAAUUAAGCGAGAGGACCAGGAAAUUUAUCAAGAUGAUGUUGAUGUUUUUGGAGACAGGAGCCCAGAAAGAGUCUGAAGACUUAAAGAUUAUCAGGUCGGUGGCUAACAUAAUACUCAAGCGCCUUCCUAGAAAAUAA